GCGGCGGCUCCGGUCGCUACUACGGCGGCGGCGGCGGCGGCGGCGAGGGCGGCAGGGCUCCCAAGCGCCAGAAAACUGACGGCGCGGAGCCGCCGCCUCACGGGCCCGGCGGGCCGGGGGGAGCGGGCGGAGGGGCCGGAGCGGGAGGAGCGGAGAGCUACGAGGACCCCCACAAGACCCCGGCGUCCCCCGUGGUUCACAUCAGGGGGCUCAUCGACGGCAUCGUGGAGGCCGACCUGGUGGAGGCCCUGCAGGAGUUCGGGCCCAUCAGCUACGUGGUGGUGAUGCCGAAGAAGCGGCAGGCGCUGGUGGAGUUCGAGGACAUCCUGGGCGCCUGCAACGCCGUCAACUUCGCCGCCGACAACCAGAUCUACUUCGCGGGGCACCCGGCCUUCGUCAACUACUCCACCAGCCAGAAAAUCUCCCGGCCAGGGGACAGCGACGACGCCAGGGGAGUCAACAACGUGCUGCUCUUCACCAUCCUCAACCCCAUCUACUCCAUCACCACGGACGUGCUGUACACCAUCUGCAACCCGUGCGGGCCGGUGCAGAGGAUCGUCAUCUUCCGCAAGAACGGCGUCCAGGCCAUGGGCAGGUUUGACUCGGUGCAGAGUGCCCAGCGUGCCAAGGCCUCUCUCAACGGCGCCGACAUCUACUCGGGCUGCUGCACCCUCAAGAUCGAGUACGCCAAGCCCAGCCGCCUGAACGUGUUCAAGAACGACCAGGACACCUGGGACUACACCAACCCCAACCUGAGUGGCACAGCAGAGCCCGGUGGGAACCCCAACAAGAGGCAGCGCCAGCCCUCUGGGGACCACCCAGCGGAGUACGGCACGGGGGGGCAAAACUGGGGGCAAAAUUGGGGGCAGGGGGGGGGGGUCCCACGAUGUCAGGGGGUGCCCCACAGCAUCUCCCCCCUGACUGUGGGGGUCUCUCACCCCCCCCCAGGCGGCCCCCACGGCGGGUACCACCACGGGCACUACCACGACGAGGGCUACGGGCCGCCCCACUACGAGGCGGCGCAUGGGCCCUCCGUGGGCGGGCACCGGCGGAGGCCCAGGCGCUACGGCCCCCAGUGCGGGCCCCCGCCCCCGCCGCCGCCCCCGACUCACGGCCCCCACGCCGACUCGCCCGUGCUGAUGGUGUACGGGCUGGACCAGGCCAAGAUGAACUGCGACCGCGUCUUCAACGUCUUCUGCCUCUACGGCAACGUCGAGAAGGUGAAGUUCAUGAAGAGCAAACCGGGCGCGGCCAUGGUGGAGAUGGCUGACGGCUACGCCGUGGACAGGGCCAUCACCCACCUCAACAACAACUUCAUGUUCGGCCAGAAGCUCAACGUCUGUGUGUCCAAGCAGCACGCCAUCAUGCCGGGGCAGUCGUACGGGCUGGAGGACGGCUCGUGCAGCUACAAGGACUUCAGCGGCUCUCGCAACAACCGCUUCUCCACGCCCGAGCAGGCGGCCAAGAACCGCAUCCAGCACCCGUCCAACGUGCUGCACUUCUUCAACGCGCCCCUCGACGUCACCGAGGACAACUUCUACGAGAUCUGUGAUGAGUUGGGGGUCAAACGUCCCUCCUCAGUCAAGGUGUUCUCAGGCAAGAGCGAGCGGAGCUCGUCGGGGCUGCUCGAGUGGGACUCGAAGAGCGACGCUCUGGAGACCCUCGGCUUCCUCAACCACUUCCAGAUGAAGAACCCCAAUGGGCCACCCUACACGCUCAAGCUCUGCUUCUCCACGGCCCAGCACGCCUCGUGACGG